AUGAGUGAUUUUAUGAAUGCAACAGAAGCAGCUUCUCUUGCUGUGACUUUUGAUCAAACUGGACAAACUGACAAAGCUGUAGAAUGUUAUCGAACAGCUGCGAGGUUGCUGGAUCGUGUGUGUGGUCAGAUAUCACCAGAAAGAGAAGGAGACUUGCGACAGAAAGUUAGAGAAUACUUAGAACGAGCCACAUUUUUGCAGGAACAAAAAGAACGAGCACAACAAGAAGAAGGUGAGAGAAUAAUGCAAAAAUGUUAUUUCCUUAUGCAACAAGCCUUAGAUGCAGAUGAAGCCAGUUUAACAGAUUUAGCUUUGCAACUGUAUACUCAGGCAGUAGAAUUGGCAGUUAGUGUUAAAAUUAUUAAUCCAGAUAUAAAAACAAAAAUAAAUGGCUUAGCAGCACAAGCAUUAGACAGGGCAGAGGAAAUUAAAGGAAUUAAAAAGAUGGGUGCAUUGUCAAUAACUGAAUCAAAGAAACCAGCUAUAUCACCAAAUAGAGCUCAAUUACAACGAGAACAAAGUGUACAAUUGAAAGUGAGCGGUAAACAGAGUUAUACGGACGAAGAAAAAGAAGUUUUAAGAAUGACAUCAAAUAUUAAUAAUAAUUAUUUUUUGCCAUUCAUGGAUGUUGAUUUAUCGGAGAAAUUUCAAUACGCACUGCCCUUUGAAGAUAGAGCGAGUGAAUUAAAGUUAUCUUCGAAGCAGGAGAAGGAGUUUGAUGGAUGGGUCAGACCUCAUGAAGUGUCAAGUGACCCAAAGAUGAUUGUUGGCGACCAUGUUGACUGUUUUAGUAUUAAACAGACGGUAGUUUCUGAUUGUUCGUUUGUAGCGUCUUUAGCGGUCAGUGCGUUGUAUGAGCGAAGGUUUAACAAAAAAAUUAUCACCUCUAUAAUAUAUCCCAAGAACAAAAACAAACAGCCUGUAUACAACCCGUUUGGAAAAUAUAUGGUCAAGUUACAUUUAAAUGGGGUUAGAAGAAAGAUAAUAAUUGAUGAUCGCUUGCCAUAUAGCAGGCAUGGACGGUUAUUGUGUUCCUAUUCGAGUAAUAAGAAUGAAUUUUGGGUGUCAUUGUUAGAAAAGGCCUAUAUGAAGGUGAUGGGAGGAUAUGACUUUCCUGGGUCUAAUAGUAAUAUAGACCUGCACGCGCUAACAGGGUGGAUCCCAGAACGGUGUGCGCUCCGUGCUGGUGAAACAGACUUCAAUGCUGAAGCCCUAUACGAGACCGUACGCUCCAGACUAGAGAGGGGCGAAGUCCUAGCGACUGCAGCCACUGGAGAGCUGGACGAUUUGCAGGCAGAGAGGACUGGGCUGGUAGCCACUCAUGCGUAUGCCGUGUUGGAUGUUAAAAUGGUCAAUGGUAUAAAACUGCUAAAACUCAAAAAUCCCUGGUCUCAUCUCCGUUGGAGAGGCAAUUAUAGUGAGCUCGACACGGUCCACUGGACCCCAGAAUUACGAGGUCUUCUCAACUACGACCCAGACAGUGCGUCUCAAUACGAUAAUGGCGUCUUCUGGAUAGACUACGCCAGUAUACUCAAGUUCUUCGAUGUGUUCUACUUGAAUUGGAACCCAGCACUGUUUAAUUUUACGUAUUGCAUACAUCAAAAGUGGGAUGCCGGCAAUGGUCCAGUAAAAGAUGCGUACAACAUCAGUGAAAACCCUCAAUUCAGAUUGCACGUGCAGGGAAAAGGCGCUGUGUGGCUUCUUCUAACACGACACAUAACAAAGAUAGAUGAUUUCCGAGAUAAUAAGGAAUAUAUCACGUUGUUGGUGUAUAAGGAUGGCAAACGGGUGUAUUAUCCGUAUGACCCACCACCCUACAUAGAUGGAAUCAGAAUAAAUAGUCCACAUUAUUUAUGUAAAAUCAUCGUGGGUGAUACAAGUUGCGACAAAUACACAUUAGUGGUGUCACAGUAUGAAAAGACUAGAACAAUAUUUUAUACUCUGAGGGCGUACGCUACAUGUCCCUUCUCUAUGGGGAAGAUAGAGCCGUAUCCGUAUAAGAAAACUAUACGAGGUGAAUGGUCGGGUCUUACGGCCGGUGGGUGCGAAAACCAUCGACAAACAUACCCAAAUAACCCUAAAUACACCAUAACCGUCCCCGACAGUCGGACCCCAUGCAACAUGGUGGCGGAACUCAAGGGGCCCAAACAGUACCAGAUAGGCAUAGACGCGAGGGUUGAAAGUUUGGAUGAUCCGAAUGUGACUGCGCCUUUUUUGAAAGAAUCCUCUGGGCCGUAUAGAUCCGGUUUUGUAUAUUUGGAACUACACAACCUCCCAGCGGGACGUUACACAUUGACUCCUUCCACCUUCUAUCCGGCUCAAGAAGGACCAUUUUUCUUAGAACUCCGGUCGACGUGCGAACUGACUUGCGAAGCUCGUAAC